ACCAGCCCAGAGGCCUACUCCAGGGCCACCAGGGCUCGCCACGGCGCUCCGGCCCAGCCGGGGAAGGGAGCCCCCAGAUCCUGCCCAUUGCCCCCCAACACAGCCCAUGAGGCUCCCGGUCCCCACUGAGCACAGCCCUGAAGGAUGUCCCAGCUCUCCUCCACGCUGAAGCGCUACACGGACUCAGCCCGCUACACAGACACCCCUUACGCCAAGUCAGGCUAUGGCUCCUACACCCCCUCCUCCUACGGCGCCACCCUGGCUGCCUCCUUCCUAGAGAAGGAGAAGCGGGGUUUCAAGCCGGGCCCCCCAGCCAGCUUCCUCGCCCGGCCCAGUACCUAUGGCCCUUCCUCCAUUCUGGACUAUGACAGGGGCCGCCCCCUGCUGAGACCAGACGUCCUCGGGGGUGGUAAGAAGGCAGAGAGCCAGGCUCGAGGCCUCGAGCGGCCAGUAGGGAGCGGACUCAGUGGGGGCAGCGGAUUCCCGUAUGGAGUGACCAGUAGCUCCCUCGGCUACCUGCCUAUGAGUGCCCGCAGCCAGGGGCUGCCCCUGACACAGAAGAAGUCCAGCAGUCAGCUCGACCUGGCCAGGGACUUCUCCAGCCUGCGGGCCUCGGAGAGCUACCGCCUGGACCCCGGGACCCUGGGCCGCAGCCCCGGGCUGGCCCGCACCCGCCGGGAGCUGUGUGCCCUGCAGGGCCUCUACCAGGCGGCCAGCCGCUCGGAGUACCUGGCCGACUACCUGGAGAACUACGGGCGCAAGGGCAGCACCCCUCAGCUUCCUGCCCAGGCUCCUCCCUCGCGAGUCCCUGAAGUGCUCAGCCCCACCUACCGACCCAGCGCCCGGUACACUCUGUGGGAGAAGGGGAAGGGCCUGGCCCCCGGGCCCAGCCGCAGCAGCUCCCCAGGGCAGGACACCACGAACUCUAAGAGUGCCCAGGGUCUGGCUGGCCUGCGCAACCUUGGGAACACGUGCUUCAUGAACGCCAUCCUGCAGUGCCUGAGCAACACGCGCGAGCUGCGGGACUACUGCCUGCAGCGGCUCUACCUGCGGGACCUCGGCCACAGCAGCCACGCGCACACGGCCCUCAUGGAAGAGUUUGCCAAGCUCAUCCAGGCCAUAUGGACUUCGCCUCUCAAUGACGUGGUGAGCCCCUCAGAGUUCAAGACCCAGAUCCAGAGAUACGCCCCGCGCUUCGUGGGCUAUAAUCAGCAGGAUGCUCAGGAGUUCCUCCGCUUCCUUCUGGAUGGGCUGCACAAUGAGGUAAACCGAGUCACAGUGAGGCCUAAGUCCACCCCUGAGAACCUCGAUCACCUUCCUGAUGACGAGAAAGGGCGGCAGAUGUGGAGGAAAUACCUGGAGCGGGAAGACAGUCGGAUUGGGGAUCUCUUUGUGGGGCAGCUGAAGAGCUCCCUGACCUGCACGGACUGCGGCUACUGCUCCACGGUCUUCGACCCCUUCUGGGACCUCUCGCUGCCCAUCGCGAAGCGGGGUUAUCCCGAGGUGACCUUAAUGGACUGCAUGCGGCUCUUCACCAAAGAGGACGUGCUUGAUGGCGACGAGAAGCCUGUAAGUGGCCUCCCACACCGGCCAGGGCCCGGGCAGGCCACAGCGGGCAGGGCGGUCUCCGGGCCUUUCUUUUCAUGUUUGCUCCUCUGUCCCUGGAGGGGUGCCCGCCGUCAGGGGACCGGCCCUGUUAUUUUGACGCUGCUUGCACCCUGUCUGUCCUUGAUGCGCUUCCUCCCAGAUCUGAAACGGUUCUCCGAAUCCAGGGUGCGGACCAGCAAGCUCACAACAUUUGUGAACUUCCCGCUGAGAGACCUGGACUUGAGAGAAUUUGCUUCAGAAAACACCAACCACGCUGUUUACAACCUGUACGCUGUGUCCAAUCACUCCGGAACCACCAUGGGCGGCCACUACACCGCGUACUGCCGGAGCCCGGCCACCGGCGAAUGGCACACGUUCAAUGACUCCAGCGUCACCCCCAUGUCCUCCAGCCAAGUGCGCACCAGCGACGCCUACCUGCUCUUCUACGAGCUGGCCAGCCCGCCCUCCCGCAUGUAGCGCAGAGCUACCCCUCUCCCUGCCGUGGCCCUGCGCCCGACGUGUUUUUUUAAAAAAACAAACAAGCAAACCUGACAAAUAAGAGAAAAAUAAAGUAAAUAAAGCUGCGGAGCAGGAGUGGCUGCGGCCUGGGCGGGGCUGGAGCCCACGCCCACAGCGAAGACCAGCAGGACCCCUCGGCUUCUCCCGUUUGCAUCUUUAAGCCUUUGGUUUUUCCGAGUGAAAUCAACAGCAGUGGCGCGUGGGAGAGGACCCUCUGCUGCCUGCUCCUCCCGAGAGGACGGCACCCCCGGAGCCGGGCAUCCACCGGGACUCUGCGCACGACCGGUCCAGAAGCAAGAGACACCCAGGAGCCAGGAGCCCGCUCAGCGCCAGGUCCCGGACAGACCAGGGCACAUCUUGGAAAAAAAGCUGUUGUUGGCUUUUAAAAGCCCAAUUUUUUGUGACGGCCCUCACUCAAGUGUUCAGACUGGAGACGCCCUCUGCUCCCCUCUGCCCACAGGGGCGGCCGGCGGUUUUCUCUCUCUUCAGAUACACGUUUUCUAAGCUCGCUAGGUAGGCGUCCAGGCCCGCGCACGGCACCGGAGGCCUGGAUCUAACGAGUUUUGGUUUUUAGGGUU